GUGAACAUCAGCGCAAUCGCUCUGGAGACAUCAGUUUAACUGCCAAUUCAAAUCCCUGUUCUGCCCAAUGGAGAAAAGGGAAAUCUUGGCCCAUACUACAACAGCCGCCACCAUUGCACACAACAAGGAACCCACAUAUCGGCACGAAAAAUCCUGACAAAUGGCCUUGCGUACUGCUUCAAUCCCCAUAUCAUUGGUCUCCCCGGGGGGUUCAUCAGAUUCUUGAGAAUCUUUGGUAAAAAGUACAUGAUCGGAAUAAUGGGGUGAACCACCAUCAGGAAAUCAUACAAUGUCUUAUCAAUCAAGGAGCCUCAAUAGGGGUGUAAGAUUCAGUGAAGGAUGCCUGAGGAAGCUGCGCCUGCACAGUGAAACGCAUUGCAUCUUGGAUGAAUAAAGCUUUUUAUACCUGAACCCACCUACCUGAAGCCUCUUUGUUCCUGUCAGCGCCUGAGAAUCCCUACUUUUUACGAAGUUCACUGGAUCUUACAAGCUUUUAUGGGAAGGCUGCAGACGAUAACACAAUAAUCCUUGCUUCCACAAGUGCUGACCAUUGUUGUGUAUGUCGGUACACAACCGGAGCGGCUCUAGGCCCAGGUCAUCAUACUAAUCUCCCAGGCAAAACUUUACCCUUUGGACCUUUUGCAAUUUGCACUGAACUCCCAAACACAAUAACUCAGCUGGUUUCCCUGCCUAUAUAAAUUCAUGUCCAAGGCAAAAGUCUCAUUCUCUCCCUGGAACGCAAGAAGAGAAGCCAAAAUUGGCAUAUAAGGGAAAUAAGGAGCUCCCGAGAGCUGUCUUAGCUCAUCAUGGGCACUAGGACGCUCUUGCUCCUUGUGCUGUUCACCAGCAGUUGCAUCUUAGCUCAAGAAGAUGGGACAGAAAGCCAGAAUCCCAGCUGUCCAAAAGAUGCAAUCAAAUUCAGACAUCUUAGGAAAUAUACAUAUAAUUAUGAGGCCUCUACCACAAGUGGGGUGACCGGAACGGCUGAUUCACAGAGUGGAUCCAAGUUUAACUGCAAGGUAGAGCUGGAAGUGCCACAACUAUGCAACUUCAUUCUGAGGAUAAAACAGUGCACCCUGCGAGAGGUGUACGGAGUAAGCUCCGAAGGAAAAGCCCUCUACAAGAAAGCAAAGAAUUCGGAAGACUUCUCCAAUGCUAUGUCCAAGUAUGAAGUCAACUUCAGUGUUCAGCUUGGAAAACAGGUCAUUUUAUAUCCUAAAGAGGAGGAACCUGUGAAUAUUCUGAAUAUUAAGAGAGGCAUUAUUUCAGCUCUUCUUGUUCCAGAUGAGACACAACAAACCAGUGACAUGGAUACUGUAUAUGGAAAAUGUCGAAGUGAAAUCAGUGUAGGAAAGAAAGGAAGUUCUGAUGUUACUGUCACCACAAACCUGAAGACUUGCGACCAAUUCACACCAGUCAGAGAUCACGUCAGUCCUCUUGCCCUCUUUAAAGGACUGAACACCCCAUUGUCUACACUGAUCAGCAGCAGUCAGUCUUGUCAAUACGCCCUGGAUGCAAAAAGAAGACAUUUGGCCGAAGCCUCCUGUGUGGAGACUCAUCUCUUCCUUCCCUUCUCCCACAAAAAUCAGUAUGGCAUGAUGGCAAAAGUGACCCAGAACCUAAAGUUGGAAGACUCCUCAAAGACUAACAGCAGAGAGUUUGCAGAUUCACCAUUUACAAAAGGCCUGGCCCUCGAGGCUGCUGAGUCUCCUUCUACUAGUGAAGAAGCUGUCUUGGAUAACCUAAUGGAGCUGCAGAAAGUAUCAACAUCUGAAAUAAAUCAGCAGAGAGCAAACACCUUCCACAAGCUUGUUGCAGCACUGAGGACCCUCAAUAAUGACACCCUGGGUCCCCUUGUCCCAAGACUGAUGCAGUUAUCAAGCCCUAUCACACUUCAAGCCCUGACCCAGUGCGGGACUCCCGAAUGUUUCGGAGCUAUUCUUCAGGUGCUGCGCACCAGUGAUGUGUCCCCUAUACUGAGAGAUCCCAUCAUAUACGCAAUAGGACUUUUCCCGAGACCGUGUACCAAGCGCUUACGAGAGAUUCUGAACAUGGCCCAGUAUACUCAAAGCAGAGCUUCAUUUUAUGCCUUAGGCCACGCUGUCAACAACUUCUAUGAAUAUGAAAACAUUAUCACUCCUGAGUUAAGGGAUGUUGCCGAUUACAUGUCAUCUCUCAUCGACAAUGAAUGUACUGGAGACCAAGAAAAAACCUUCUUAACUCUUAAGGCCAUUGGAAUUAUGGGGAAUGUUUUGGAAGAAGUCAAUCCACAGAUCAAGUCCUCUGUUCUGAGAUGUGUCAGGAGUCAGGCGCCAUCAUUCGAUGUGCAGAAGGCAGCUAUCCAGGCCCUGCGCAAAAUGUCUGUCUCAGACGAUGUUCGAAGUACGCUCGUCCAAGUCUUCCAGGAUGGAAACUCUCCAGUUCAGAAGAGGCUGGCAGCCUACCUGGUCCUGAUGAAGAACCCUUCACAAUCUGACCUUCGUAAGAUUGUUCGCACCCUCAAUAAGGAUGAUAACGAGCAAGUGAAGAACUUUGUUGCCUCUCACAUUGUUAACAUCCAGAAAUCCCAGGCACCAGAAAUGCAGGAGCUAAAAGGCAAAGUAGAAGAGACUCUCAAGUCAAAUGGUGUUCCCACCAUUGUCAACGACUUCACAAAAUUGUCUAAGAAUUACCAAUUUUCCAAGAAUGUGGAUGUUCCUGGAUUGGGAGAGAAUUUAGGGGCCAAAGUGGAAGGAAACAUCAUUUACGACUAUACCGGCUACAUGCCAAGAGAGGUCAUGUUUGAGACAACCCUGAAUGUGUUUGGAGAGUCUGUGGAUCUGUUUGAGGUCGGUGUUGAAGGUAAAGGCUUUGAACCAACUCUCAAUGCUCUGUUCGGAAAGGAUGGCUUUUUCCCUGACUGCGCCACAAAGGCCUUGUACUGGGCAGACGGCAAAGUUCCAGAAAAGGUCACAGAGGUUUUAUACAAGUGGUUUGGUGUCUCCAGACAAGACAAGCAAAACCAGGAUCUGAAGAAGGCUGUGCUAUACAAUGUAGAAAAACUGAUAAGGGAAGUAAGAUCAAGUGGAGCCCCAGAGGCUAAAGCAUACCUGGAGAUCCUUGGUAAAGAACUCGGUUACUUCAAGUUGAGCGACUUUCAGGCCAUGGAAAACAUGAUGUUUAGGACCUUCCAAACUGUACAUAAUCUCCCUUCAAAGCUUGCACAGAUAUUCUCCCAUGGUGCUGACAGUGACCUCUUCGUCCACUACAUCUUCAUGGACAAUCAGUUCUCCCUCCCAACUGGAUCAGGUCUUCAGCUCCAAGUAUCUUUGUCUGGAAUAGUUGCUCCGGGUGCAAAGGCUGGAAUGAAACUUGAAAGCAGGAGUGGAAAGGUAGGAUUUGCCCUGAAACCAGCUGUCUCGGUAGAGUUUGUUACUCAGAUAGGAAUUCAGAUUCCUGAGUUUUCCAAGCAUGCUGUCCAAAUGAACACCAACAUCUACCAUGAAUCUGGGGGCGAGCUAUCCUUUACUAUGAAGAAGGGACAGGUCAAGUUUGCAAUUCCUGCACCCACUACACCAAUAAAUCUGUUCAGCAUCAACAACAAAGUCAAUCUGGUCUUUGCAUCUAAGACUGAGGUCAUGCCUCCCAUCAUUGAAAAUAGAGAGGAUCGUACAACUUGCUGGCCUCUUAUCACAGGAAUGAACUACUGCACGAGCAUCGGAUAUUCCAAUGCCAGUUCAAUAGACAGCGCUCCCUACUUCCCACUCACAGGAGAGUCCAGGUACGAAGUGAAGAUUCAUCCAACAGGAGAGGUGCAAGAAUAUUCUCUGACUGCAGCUUAUGAGAAGAACAAGGAAGGAACUGACCCAAUGGACAGUGUGCGAAUCUUCCUCCAAGCAGGAGAAAAUAAGGCUGCAGAAGUAAGGCUGACCGUGACAUAUAACAGCGACAAGUAUAUUUUGACAAGCAACUUGGAAAUCCCAAGUGCCAACAUAGACUUCGGUAGCAGUAUCAGAGCCUAUACUGAAUACGACGAUGCCAGGGGGUCUACCAAAACUCUUAUUGCAGAAUUGAAAAACCAACAGGUCUCAGAGGUCACAUUCACAGGAAGACUAAGCUCUGAUUUUGACAAUGGUAAUGGCGCCCUUAGUGCAGAGCUUUCAAUUCCAAAGCUACAUAUGGAGGCCAAGGCAGAUGCCACCCUUAAGAAAAUACUCAGUGAUUUUAACCUUCAGCUCAAGUCUUCGGCCACAAUCUGCGCCCUAUCUGGAUCACAAAACCUUCUUUUCACCUAUGACAAUGAAAAGGUUGAGUUAGAUUGGAGCACCACAUCUGAUAGCAACGUGAAGAAGAUCAUCUCGAAACUACCAGACAUCAGGUUCUCAGACAUUGCCAGCUAUCCUGAAUCUCUGAAGACCUACGCCAACACAAUCCUAGAUCAUAAGGUGGCUCAGACAGACAUGACCAUUCGCCAUAUUGCUUCCCAGUCCAUAGUGGCAACCAAAAACUGGAUUCAGGCGGCUUCAAGAGGCAGUUCAUAUGCACAAACUCUCAGCAACAAGUUGGAUGCAUUAAGAGAUCUAAACAUGCAGGAACUGGGUAUCCCAUCCCUCCCUGAUAACCUGUUCUUAAAUAGUGAUGGAAAGAUCAGAUAUAAAUUUAACAAGGAAAGUAUUAUCAUCAAUAUCCCACUACCCUUAGCAGGAAAGACAUCUCACCAACUUGUGGCAAAAACGUUGAGGUCUCCAAGAUUGGAACUGCAGUCAGUGGGAUUAGUUGUUCCAGAAAAGGAGUAUAGAAUCCCAGCCUUCACCAUUCCUGAGUAUUACCAACUAAGAGUACCUUUGAUCGGAGUAUUGGAUCUGUCUUCUAAUAUAAACAGCAACUUCUACAACUGGUCUGCCUCAUACACCGGUGGGAACACUACCAGUGACAUCCUGAGCUUUGGUUUAAGAUAUCAAGUAAAAGCAGACUCCAUACUGGAUAUUCUUUCUUAUAACAUUGAUGGUUCUGCACAAGAAUCCUUCGACCCAAGAGGAAUAUAUACCAGGUCCUUUGAGGGAUCAUUACGCCACACCCUCCUUGAUGCAAGCAUAAGAUUAAAUGAAAUAUUUAACUAUCUGAGUGACCAGAUUUUUAAAGCAUCCUAUUCUUACCAGGCCAGAAGUGCGCUGGGACUUGAAUUUUCUGAAGUCUCCUCAGUCAGGACAACAGUCAACAACAAGAUAGUACUGACAGAAUGUGAUGCCAAAAGUAAACUGAAUGUAGCCUCCCUUUUUGCAAACAGUGAUAUAAUAUUAACAUUCACUGUCAACACAGACACCCUACAAACAAAAGUAGAAUCCAACUAUAAAUUUGACUCAUCUUACUUAAAAGCAACAAACAAAUUAUCAGGAAUGUUUCUGAAAGAAGCAGUAACAUUAAAGUCAACAACAGAUUUCCAAGAUGGAGCUCUUGUCAACACCAUGACUGCUGAUUACAGAGACAGACAAUUGACCCUGAAGUCAGAUACAAAUGGAAAUUACUACAACUUAGUUGGACUGAACAGAUUUGAACUCACUGUGUCGAAGCAAAUGGCUGCAAUCCGCUCAGAGUAUCAGGCUGACUACAAGCGCAAUAGAUUCUAUACCCUUUUGUCUGGCUCUCUUAACUCCUUAGGUCUUGAACUCAAUGCUGAUGUCACUCUUAAUAACCAGGGAAGUAGAGGUGCUCACAAGGCUACUCUGAAGCUAAACCAAGAUGGCCUUACCACCAGUGCCACCACCAGUGUUAACUUUAGUCCAUUAUUGUUGGAGAGUGAGUUAAAUGCUGAUGUUGGAUUAGCAGGAGCAGGGAUGAAAAUGUCAGCAAGUGGAAGAUAUCGAGAACACAGCGCCAAGAUUUCUGUUGAUGGAAAGGGGUCCUUGAGUGAACUGUCUCUGGGAAGUGUAUGUCAGGCUACUCUUCUUGGUGUGGACAGCAAACAUCUGUUGAACUUUAGGGUUAGUAAAGAAGGCCUGAGAUUUUCUAACAAUUUAUUGGGCUCAUAUAACCAAAUAAAACUUGAGAGCAGCAAUGACCUAAGUAUUGCUGGAUACGUUCUACAGUUUACCUCCAAAUUCGAAAACUCUUUAAGCUCUGUCAUAUUCCACAAGCACAAGUUUGACUUCCAGAUGCAGCCCUAUACCAUGACAACUGUGCUGAACAAUGAACUGAAAUAUGGCGCUCUAGAGUUUACCAACAAUGGACAAGUGCAGCUUGAAGCCUUCAAGGUGAAUAUCAAUGGCAAUUUAAGAGGUGCUUACAGCAAAGAUGAAAUAAAGCAUACCUAUGGCUUCUCAGCUGGUAAUAUGGCAGCAAAUGUUAACACAGACACUAUUGCAAAUAUACUAGGAACGACUCAUAGCCAUAGACUGACUCUGGAAAUCGCUGGCCUAUCUGUCUCGUUUAGCAGCAGCUCAAAUUGUGAAUCAAAAGAUAUCCGAUUUACAAACAGAAUUCGCUCAGUUGUGCAACCAUUCACCAUUACCAUUGACUCUCAAACCAAUGGAGAUGGAAGACUGAUGAUUUUUGGGGAACAAGCAGGACAACUUUACAGCAAAUUCAUUCUAAAAGCAGAGCCUCUCUCCUUUAAUUUAGUUCAUGAUUACAGGGGAUCAACAAAGCAUUCAUUUGGAAGAGGCAAUACUCAUGAAACUCUUCUAGAUUACAACAUAAACCUGUUGUUCACUCCUUCUGAACAGCUGAGCUCAUGGAAGCUGAAGAGUCGCCUGAACCAGAAUACAUACAACCAGGAAAUGAGUGCAUUCAAUAAUGCAGACAGUAUUGGAGUUCAGCUUAGUGGGCAAACUCUUGCAGACAUCUCUAUACUGGAUAGACAAGUUUAUCUGCCUUUCGUUACGUUUAAUCCAAUUGAUUCCCUAAACUUAAGAGACAAUGUUAAUACACCUCAAGAGUUCAGCAUCUCUGGCCACAUCAAGUACGACAAAAAUAAAGACAUGCACAUCAUCAACUUGCCGUUCAUUGAGAACAUGUCUUUGUACUUUGAGAAAGUAAGAUCUGCAUUACUGACUGCUCUACAAGCUCUGCAGAAUUCCUUGAAAGAUGUAGACAUUGAUCAAUAUGUUCAGAGAUACAGAAGGGCAUUGGAUACAGCCAGCCAAAGAAUGAAUGACUAUGUUAACAGUUUGGAUCUAGAAAACAAAGCUCAUCUGGUAAGAGAAAAAAUUAUAUCAAUGGCCAAGGAAUAUAAGAUCACAGCGGAGGAAUUUCAGUCUGCAGUUGAAGAUUAUUUCAGACGGGUACAAAUCCGUUUGCAGAAAUCCUGGGCUGAAAUGGACAGAUAUAUCAACGAAAAUUAUGAUGAGCUUAGGAAAUCCAUUGAGGUGUUAAUUCAGAGAUGUGCUGAGAAGCUGAAAGCCUUUGACAAUGAAUACAAAGUACGGGAAAAGACCAUUGAGAUGAUUCAAAACAUACAAGUUUCCGUGGAAAACAUGAACGUUAAUGACUUUGGACAAAGUCUGGCUGCCUGGAUUCAAAAUGUUGAGGAACAAUACCAUAUAAGAGCUAACAUCCAGAGACUCUUACAUCAAAUCCAGGUAUACAUACAGAGAUUCAACAUUGAUCAGAUGGCUCAAAAUGUGAAGGAACUUCUACAGUCUGAGAAAGUAUACAGAUUUGUAAAGCAGAUCAAAGAUUCUGUGCCAUUUGAAAGUAUAAGAUUUUGGAUAGAACAAAUAAGAAACCUGGUUAUCACGCAAUUAGAGGAAUUUCAAGUGAGUCAAAAAUUCAAUGCAGUCGUUGACACAUUUCAGGACUUUGUGGCCCAUUAUGAAAUUGACAAAAAGCUUGAAGUACUCAUAGAAAAGUUUAUUGAGUUCUUAAACCAGCAGAAAGUUAAAGAAACCAUCAAAAUGGCAACAGACAUGUUAAAUAACAUUGAUCUCAGGUUGCACUGUAAAAGGGUGCUCACGUUUGUUGAUUCUGCAGUGAAACAAGUUAGGGACUAUGACUUUAAGAAGCUAAUUGAUGACCUCAACUAUUACUUAGAUAUCCUGGUCCAGAAGAUGAGGUCCUUUAAUUAUGAUAACUUUGUGGAUGAGUUCAACAACAAGGUCAAAAUGCUGACAGAAACAGUAAACCAGAAAUUGAAGGCUCUGGAGCUGCCCCAAAAAGCAGAAGCUUUAAGACAGUAUUUAAAUAAUGUGAGGAUAGUAGUCAUAGAGUAUCUUCAACAAGUGAGAGAAACAAGACUUGCUGCCAUUGCUAAGUGGUAUGAAGAUAUUAUGACCUCAACAGUAUUAAUUGAAUGGAAAACUAGAGCAAUUGAGUACCUUGAGGACACCAGAGACAGAAUAUAUGCUAUGAACAUAAAAGAAGAAUGCCAGAGGUAUCUACAACAGGUCAGCCAGGCUUACCAGCGCUUAGUGAUUUUAGUAACAGAACAGUGGAACACCAUGGCUGCAAAGAUUAGCGACUUUGCUAAAGAGAAUGAAAUCCAAGACUGGGUUGACAGAGUGAAAGUCCUUGUAGAAGAAGGGUUUGUUGUUCCCGAAAUUAACCUAAAAUUCAUCAUGUUUCCUGCCUUUGAAGUUAGCCUUCGGUCACUGAGAGAAGCAACAUUCAGGACACCAUACUUCAUUGUACCAUUUACAGAUUUGGAGAUCCAAUCUAUAGAAAUAAAUUUCAGAAAUCUAAGGAGCAUUGAAAUUCCAACAAGAUUUGUUACUCCUGAGUUUACAAUCUUAAACACCUAUAAAGUACCAUCAUAUGUUAUUGAUCUGAAUGAAAUGAAACUCAAGGUUGUAAGAAUAAUUGAUCAGAUUAUUUCAAGUGACUAUACAUUGCCAUCCCCGGACAUACUAUUGAGAGACAUAACAAUGAGUGACAUGGGAAUUCCUGAAUUUUCUAUUCCUGAAAUCUACAUUCCCAAUAUGCAUUUACCAGAGUAUAAAAUCCCUAAACUAAACUUGGAAAAUUUCCAGUUUCCUGACAUCAAGAUUCCUGAAUUCCAGCUUCCAAAAAUUCCUCACUCAGUUUCUAUUCCAACAUUUGGCAAGUUGUCUGGCUCAUUCAAAGUAGCAUCUCCUGUUUUCACAAUAUCUUCUUUAGCUGAGGUAAAAAAUUCCACAGUCACUGAGAAAUCACCAGAAAUGAUUGCUUCUCUUUCUACAGAGGCAACCUCCGUGUUUGAAGUUUUGGCUUUUACCUUUGGAGCUGAUGCACGGAUUUCUGCUCCCUUGAUGGAACAGUUAGUUCUUAAAGAAACUGUGUCACUAUCCAACAGACACGUGAAGGUGGAUCAUUUCAGUCAAGUUACCUUUGCAUCAAGUGAAAUUAGGACAGAAAUCCAAACUAAGGCUAACUUAAUAACCGAGAAGAAUACAGCUGAGCUUCAGAACUCCAUUAUUGUCACACUGCAGAAAAGAAUUACAGCAGAUGUGUUUACAAAAUACUCUCAUAGAUUGAAUAUUCCACAUGUUGACAUUUCAAGUGAGCUUGAGCUACAAAAUACUGUUGACACAACAGUGGACAUUGGGCGCAUUACCUUACUUUCUAAGGGUAAAGGAAACUGGAAAUGGGCUUGUCCUCUCUUCACAGAUGAAGGGACCCACCAGGCUGAUGUCAAGUUUUUUAUUCAAGGUGGCAACAUUGAACUUUCAGGCACUAAUAAAAUAAAUGACAAAUAUCUGAAGCUGGAUCAAAGCCUUAAGUAUAAUUCCAUGUUCCUGAACUUCGUAAGCAUUGAUAUAAUGUCCAAGGCAGAUGCUCCUAAUGUUGGAAAUAGCAUUGCUACACUGAAAGGAAAGGCUUCGAUUAGUGAGAUGAAGGUAGAACUUGAAGCAUCUCACAAUGCAGAACUAUCAGGCCGGUCUACUGGAACAAUAAACAACAAAUUUUCCUUUUUGACUAGAGCUUUUGAAAUAAAACUGUCCACUGCUAACAAUGGAAAUUUAAAAGUAAGUUUUCCUCUAAGACUGACAGGCAGGGUCGAGUUUCUAAACAACUAUGACUUAACCCUCAGCCCCACUGUACAGCAAGUUUCAUGGCAAGCAAAUGGAAGAUUCAACCAAUACAAAGUGGCUCAUACAAUUAUACUGGGUAAUAAUGAAGAGCAUAUUGAGGCUUCAUUGGCAAUGAAUGGGGAAGCAAACCUUGAUUUCUUGGCAAUACCUUUCUCCAUCCCUGAAAUCCAGGUCCCAUACACAUCAAUGAAGACACCAGAGGUUCGUGAAUUUUCUAUGUGGGAAAAAACUGGCUUGAAGAAUUUGCUGACAACAACUCGUCAGAAUUUCGAUCUGAACAUAAAACUUCAGUAUCAGAAAAAUAAAGACGUGCAUGUGAUUCCGUUGCCACUAGAUGCAGUUUUCGAUACCAUUAAUUCAAAUAUGAAGACUCUUAACAAAAAGUUUGAACAUGGCAGGGAUAAAACAUUGAACCUUUUGGUGGAUUCCUACAAUCAAGCCAAAGUGAGGUUUGAUAAACACAAAGUAGACAAUCAAGUUAGUAGGGUACCAAGAACAUUUAGAAUUCCUGGUUAUACUAUACCACUAGUAAAUAUUGAAGUUUCUUCCUUCUCUGCUGAACUUCCAGCUUUUGGUUAUGUAAUUCCCAAAGAAAUACGCACACCAAGCUUUGUUUUGCCAAUGAUUGGUUUCUCAAUCCCAACUUACAAAUUAGUCAUUCCUUCACUGGAAAUGCCUGUACUGCAUGUCCCCAACUCUUUACGCAGACUUUCUCUUCCAAAAUUUAAGCUGCCUAGUGGACAGAAUGGUAUAUUAAUCCCUGCACUAGGAAACCUCACUUAUGAUUUCUUCUUCAAAUCAAAUGUGAUUUCGCUCACUACAAGUGCUGGAAUAUACAAUCAGUCCGAUAUCUCUGCAAGAGUAAGUGUAGCCUCCACAUCAGUGAUUGAUGCUCUUCAGUUCAACAUAGAUGCAACAACAGGUCUAACUAGGAAAAGAGGUCUAAAACUGGCCACAGCAUUGGCAUUGAAAUCUGUAUUUGCCGAAGGAAAACAUGAAAGCUCAAUAUCAUUUGGAAAAAAAAACGUGGAAGCCUCUGUUAUAACAAAUGCAAAACUGGACACACCUCUGUUAAAGAGUACAUUGAAGCAAGAACUGACAGGCAACACAAAGACAAAGUCUACCGUGUCAUCCAUGAUCACGCUCACAUAUGAUUAUAAUGAUGUAUUGUUUGGAAACACAGCAAAGGGUAAACUUGAUCAUACAUUAAGUCUUGAAGGUCUCACAUCCUACUUUUCAGUGGUGUCAAGAGUAACAGGAGAUAUAACUGGAUCCCUUCUAAAUCGCCAAACAUUUUCUGGAACAUUGACCAAUGAUGCAAACACCUACAUAAACGCAAAUUCCCUUAGAUCUACCAUGAGACUGGCAGCCAACUCUAGGGUAGAUUACUUUGGAAACCUAGACUUAACAGAAAACCUUGCAGUUGAAGCCUCCACCAGUAGAAUCUAUGCAGUUUGGGAACAUAAGGGCAAAAAUUAUAUAGGAAUUACUCCACUGUUUAGGUCAGUAGGACAACAGAGCGCUAAAGCCACCUUAGAACUGGCCCUUUGGAGUCUACUAGCAGACCUUCAAAUGAACAUCCGCCAACCCAAUACAGAUAUUAAAGAAUUAAACCAAGGCAUUACAUUGAAUGUUAACACUGACAAGCAGGAAUUUAGCAUGAAUGGACAUAGUAUUGUGCAGACUCUUAUUCUGGCUCACAAUAUUAAGCUAUCCAAUGAUCAGACAGAGGCAAGAGUUGAAGCAGGUGGAUCAUUACAAGGCAAUGUGGCAUUCUUGAAGUCAGUUGUACUGCCGGUCUAUGAUAGGAGUCUGUGGGAUGUUUUGAAACUCGAUGUUACAACAGCUGCUGACAGAAACCAAUACCUCAAUGCAUCAACAACUCUAAUAUACACAAAAAGUAAUGAUGGAUUCUUCUACCCUAUUCCAUCUGAAAGAAUUGGAUAUGGUUCCACUAUAUCCAUCCCAGGACUGACAAUAAACAAUGAGGCUUUGCCAGAAAUUCAGUUUCCUGCAACUGACAUCAAGUUGUUGUACACUUCAGCCGCUGGCUCUAAAAUCCCCCUGGUUGAACUCUCUGCACCACAAUAUCGAGUGACAGUAUUCAGAUACACUCUUCCUAAAAAGAUCUUUGACUUGGAUUUCAACAGCCUCUUCAACACCAUAGCAGACAUUGACCUGCCAACAAUUGAGAUCCCAGAGCAGAAGAUUGAGAUCCCACCUAUUAAAUUGACACUGCCGGCAGGAAUUUACAUCCCAGCUUUUGGUUCAAUAUCUGGCUCCGUUCAGUUUGCUUCCCCAGUGUACAAUAUCACAUGGACAAACAAGCUGGAAAACAAACCAGAUUCUCUAGUAGGCACCAUAGAUGCCACCAGCAGUUCAACACUACAGUUUCUGGAGUUUGAUCUUGAUGCUUCCUUAGCAGGUACUCUAAAUGGAAGAAAUCUAAAUCUUAUUGGUCAAGGAAGUCUGGCACAUGUGGAUUUAAGUACAGUAUGGAAGGAGGAAGUUUCAUUUAAUGGCCUAAGGCUGCCACAACACAACUUCCAAGUAGAUAUUACUAGCCCUACAUUUACAAAUGUCCAGAUUCGUUGCCAGUAUGAUGAAAAUGGCAUCUCCUCAUCUGUAUCUUCACCAUCAACGGGUACUCUUGGUCUUCUCCUUGAGAAAGAUUCCAAGACAAUCAAAAUGAAAGUCAGCAGUCGCUCUGCAGCAUCACCUGAAAAGGAGGUACUUAUCCUAAAAAAUGAGCUAUCACUAAAAAACUCAGACAAGAUUCAAAACAAGUUUAACUGGCGUGAAGAUGCAGCACAGGACGUACUCAUUGGUUUAAAGGAAAGAUUGCCCAAGAUGUCAGAUGCCGUCUACAAUUGUGUAAACAGAUAUCACAAGGAACACUUAGGCAUGGACAUAAAAGAAGCCGGACAACAAAUGAAAGAACAUCUACAGACAAAAGUGUCAUCGGCUUACAAUUCUGCUUCCAAUCAUAUUGACAACCUGGAAUAUAAUUUCAGGUCAGCAGUCAGGGGUGCCAGUGGAAAAUAUGCAGAUGUCUCCAAAUCUCUACAGUGGUACCAAGGCCCAUCAGAUAUGUCCUUCAUUCUAAAUGAUGGUGUGAUUGACUCAAAAUUAUAUGAAGAAUCUGUGGCUGCAAUCAGAAGAUAUCAAAGUACAAUGAAAGAUAUUAUUGAUGCAGCUAUUACAUUUCUAAAGAAUACAAGAUUUCAGCUACCAGGCCAGAAACAGAAAUAUACUGGUGAAGAACAAUUUACAAUGGCGAUGAAGUGGACAGUGAAUACUAUGGAGCAAUUUAUUCAAAAGAUCCAAACGCUUCUUGAAACCUUCAUCCAGUCCAUUAAUGAUGUCAGCUUCAAUAUUCCUGGUACCAACUUCAAAAUUGAGAGCAAACACGUCAUCCUUGCAGUUAAAGAUUUUCUGAAAGAAGUACAACAGAUCACAAAGAAAAUAUUUAAUGAUCUCCAGUAUGUAAGCCUUGAAAGAAACUUACAGCAACUGAAAACUUUUGUUCAAGAAGUCUCCCAAAAAUCUGAAAAAAUUAUUGAAGCCUUGAAGUCCAGAAAUUAUGAAUACAUGCAGGUUCAAACCCAACAAAUGUAUAAUGAUGCCAUGAAUUCACAGUACAUGCAAUACCUUAGCAAACUUGCUGAAGAAAUCAAAAAGAGCACCAGCCAGCUUCUUAAAAUUUACCAGAAUAUCUAUGAAGAACUUUUAGAGAAAUUAAAGCAGUUACUUGUUUAUGCAAAGGCCUUGAGAGAAGAAUAUCUAGACCCAAAUAUUGUGGGAUGGUCUGUGAAAUAUUAUGAAAUCGAAGAGAAAGUUCUUCAACUCUUUAAACUCAUCAUUGAUUCAUUGAAAAAUUUGCCUGCACAAUAUGGGAUCAAUAUGUCAGAGAUUAAUGAACAAAUGAAAGCUUCGCUGAAGGAUUAUUAUGAGCAAAGUAAGAUUCUGUUGACCAAUGCUGAAGAUAAGGGAAGGAAGCAAGUGAGGGAACUUUCCAUAAAAUUAGAACAAAAAGUCAGUGAUUGGUCAAGAAAUGCCAAACAUGCUUCAUCUGAAUAUUCUCAGAUUCUAAAUGCAAAGCUUCAGGAAACUUAUGGUAAAAUGUUGAGAUCCUACGAGGACUUCCUUGUUGAAGCAAAUCGUCUCCUUGAUCUGAUCAUCCAAAAAUAUAAUGACUUCAUAGAAGUCCUCAGUCAGAUGCUGCAAAAUUUCCAGAAUUCUGCCAGUGAAGAGGUGAAAACAUAUGUGUCAACACGUAAAGGUGAGGUUAAAGUUGAAAUCCCACAUCCCUUUGAUUGGAAAUCCUUUGAUGAAAUUCCCCAAGUAAGAAGGGAUAUCAUAGCUAAGAGGAUGGAAAUUGCACGUGCCAUGGUUCUUGAAGGUAUUGAAAAAGGCUCUAAACAAUGGGAAGAAAUGCAACAACUAAUUGAGAAACAAAUUGAAGACGGAAAACUAACUGCACAGCAAGUCAUCGAAAACAUCAAAAAUUGGAGGAAUAAAAACUGAAUGGACAUUAUGUACUGUAGCACCCAAAAUUUAGGUUUUUACUCAGGUUGGAAGUAGCAACAAUCAGUGUUCGUUAUGUUUUAAAGCUAUUGUUGUUUCUUGUAAAUGAAAAAAAAAAAAAAGUUAACGUUAACUAAUAAAAAUUGUUUGUUAUAAGCCGGUAUUAUUUUAAGUAAUUUUUCCCCUUCUUUGCAAAAUACAAAAUUAAAUUGAAUC